AUGUUCUUCUUUGGCAAUUUGGAGGUGAAAUUCAGGUUGUAUUACAGGAGAGUGGAGGAAGGGAAACAAUAUCCAGUACUCUGUAGGAGAUUAGCUAGCUUAAACGAAGAGUUCAUUUCACAUAAAAGUCCAACAGGUGGGUUCGAUUUCAUCUCCGGGAAGAGGAUUGAACAAAAACUCAUCGAUUACAAUCAAGAAGCAGAAAGAUUUUGGGGUUAUGCAUAUGAAGAGGUAUCAGAAGUCUCACCUUAUCGUCGAUUCAUUGCAUACACCAUGUAUGACAAAUACAACGAUUUCUUCAAAUUAUGUGUGAGAGAUUUGAAUUCAGGAUAUCUUUGUAGCAAGCCACAAGCUGAUUGGGUCUGUAAUGUGGCAUGGGCUAAAGGGGGUCAAGCAUUGCUAUACAUUGUCACUGAUCAAAAAAAGAAGCCUUACAGGAUAUAUUGUAGUAUGCUUGGAUCAAAGGAUGAAGAUGUGAUACUCUUAGAAGAACAUGAAGAAAAUGUGCAUGUUAACAUCAGACAUACCAAGGAUUUUAAGUUUGUGACUGUUUAUGUGUUUUCAACCACAUAUUCAAAGGUUUUUAUGAUCAAUGCAACUGAUCCUCUAUCUGGUUUAACAAUUGUGUGGGAAUGUGUUGUGCACAUUGCAUUAUCGAGCAUCAUCAAGGCUAUCUUUAUCUUUUUACCAAUGCUAACAAAGAAGGGCAAUCAAAUGUAUUUAUUGAUGACAAUGAUUUGGUGCUUGAGGAUGUUGACUUUUGUGACACAUUUGGUGCUUAUUGUUAAAGAAGUUGUUGAUUAUAAUUUAUCAAAUGGGAAAUUUGAAAUCAUUCAACAACAAAACCUACUUCAAGAAAGAACAUGUGUUUUAUAUGGCACAACUUCUGUGGGACCCACAAUAGAUAAUAAAUCAAAUAGUAAUAACUAUGGGGAGUUAAAGUCAUGGAAUGAUCUUUCUGAGUUUUAUGGUUGUGAAAAUCAUCAAGUGGUUUCUACUGAUGGAGUCAAAGUUGGUUUGACUAUUAUUUAUUCACAUAAAAGGAAAAAAGAAAGCGAAAAUCCUGGAUUGCUUCAUGCACAUGGUGCUUGUGGUGAGUUGCUUCAUAAAAAAUCGUGUAAUGAGUCAAAAAGUCUUCUUGAUCGUGGUUGGAUUCUUGCAUAUGCUGAUGUUAGGGGAGGGGAUUAUAACAAAAGGGAAAAAUGA